GCCUGUCAGUACGUAGAGUAUUAGCAUUAGCAGACGGAAGUGCGGUGACAGAGUCGACAUGGCCGCUGGAACCUCUUUCAGUGUAGUGGAGUAUUUUGGCGGUGAUGAUGGCCACCGGUGCGGCUACUGUAAAAAUGCAACGGGUAAUUUUUCACAUGGCAUGUGGGCCCAUUCAAUGACGGUACAGGACUACCAAGACCUCAUUGAUAGGGGAUGGAGAAGAAGUGGCAAGUAUGUUUACAAGCCUGUCAUGAACAAGACCUGCUGUCCACAGUACACCAUCAGGUGCCAUGCCUUAAACUUUCGUCCUUCAAAGACGCAUAAGAAGAUCUUGAAGAAGAUGACAAAGUUUCUGUCAAAAGGGGAGAAGCCAGCAGGCGAUGAUGCUGGCUGCGAUGGUGUGUUUGACAUCCCUGGCUUCCUAAAGCCUCUCAUUUCGUCUCUUCAGAGGACAGCGGCUAUAGCUGCUGGAGUAUCCCAGAAGUUUUUCUCAGGUGAGCAGAUGGACUCCAUGAUUGAAGAGGGAGCAGAAGUUCCUCUGGUGGAGCCUGUGAAUAUCAUGCACUCUCAGGUGGAGCGACCCAUCAUCCCCAGCAGCCCUGAGAAAGACAGCGAUUCCAAACCAUCAACAUCCGAGACUUCAAGAGAAGAAACGGUUUCACCAUCAGCAGGCAAGAACCCGCGCCUCACUCCUAAACCAGGAGUGGGAGCCGACCCUAGCAAACCUCCUUGCCGCAAAGCCAAGGAUAUCCGGAAAGAGCGACGACUACAAAAGGAGCAGCAGAAGCAGCAAGAUGGAGGAGGCACUGCAACAAAUCCCAAGCCUCCUCCAGCAACGCCAGCAUCCGGUCAACCCAAACCACUAGAGGAAUUCAUCAAUGACUCCGUGCCUGAUGACCCUCUUCAUCGCUUAGAGGUGAGGCUAGUGCCGGUCAGCUUUGAGGACCCUGACUUCUUGGCGUCUUACAAGCAGUCAGUGGAGCUGUUUGCCCGUUACCAGAUGGCCAUUCAUGACGACGAGCCAUUCGAAUGUGAUGAAAACCAGUUUAAGAGGUUCCUGUGUGACUCACCACUAGAGGCAGAGACAUCUCCCGAUGGGCCUGAUAUGGGCUACGGCUCAUUCCACCAGCAGUACUGGCUGGACGGACGUAUCGUAGCUGUGGGCGUCAUCGACAUCCUGCCUAACUGCGUCUCCUCAGUCUACCUCUACUACCACCCGGACUUUGCCUUCCUCUCGCUCGGCUCCUACUCUGCUCUCAGGGAGAUUGCCUUCACGAGGCAUUUGCAGAAGCAGUCACCCAAGCUUUCCUACUAUUACCUGGGAUUUUACAUCCAUUCAUGCCCCAAGAUGCGCUACAAGGGUCAGUACCUGCCUUCAGACCUUCUGUGCCCGGAGACAUACACAUGGGUGCCCAUAGAGAAAUGCGUCCCCCGCCUUGAAACCUCAGUCUACUCCCGCCUCCAUGAAGACACCCAAGCAGGUGAUGCAUGUGCACUUAAAGACCUGGGUCGUGUUCUGGUGCUGCACAAGAGGACAGUCAUGCCUUACGCUGCCUACUCGCGGAAAAGGAAAGGCUGCACCGACGAGAAAGAGGUGGAGCAGUACGCAGGCCUGGUGGGCCAGACGUGUGCCGAGAGGAUCCUCCUCUACCGCUCUUAGCUCCUUCUCUUCUUCAGCUCACUCUCAAGCCUAUACGCUCCGUCUAAUCCACAGUCAUUAGUCUUAUUUGGCCUUUUUAGUCCCAGAUUUUUCCAUAUCCAAAUUGCUUCCAGUGUGCUGUCUUAAAGCUUAAAGGAGUCGUAUAGCUCUAAAGCCUCCGUCUAUCUUUUCUGUUUGAACCCUCGUGAUAUUGUUGCCCCAAUGACAGACUAUACCUAUGUGUAAUUGACCUCACGCUAAUACACAACUCACAAUGUAGAAUUAUUUUAUCGUAUAAUCCGUAGUUAUGGAUAUGAAUGACGGAAGAGAUGAUACUGUGACGUGCUUAGCUCUGCUUGUAAGGUCCAUACCACCACCACCACCACCACCACCACAAGAGCCACCAAAGACAUGAAGCGUGAAGGUAGAAAAAGUGUGUUGUGUUUAUUUUCCCUUUGCUAGAAUGAUCACAUAGUGUGAAAUACCAAAAAAAUCAUGUUCUGUGUGCCAUACUGGAGGACUGACAUCAGAAUUAAGGGUUUAAAGCCCCAUGUUAGAUCAGCAGAAUGCUCUGGAGCAGCUGUAAUCUGUCUCAUACUGUUAUAUCGUGCAGAGCAACAAAGCAAGGAAUGUUCCAUCCUGAGCUGUGAGGAAGAGUAUCCUGAUUGUACACAGCCAAACAUUACAGCCUGGUGGGUUUGUUUGGAUUUGGGUCAGUCAGUCACGUAUGUAGUCAAGGGAAUGCCAGUAGACACAGGCUGAGCUCCAGCGCUCACCUGCUGACGCUAGCUUUGCUGACGCGCAAUCCUCUCCAGCAGUCUACGCCAGCACCCUCAUUAAACUGUGGUGGGGAAUCAGGCGCGGAUGCUGGGUGGCCUUGGUGGAAACCCAAAUGAUCCCGUGUUCUCGUAACCUUUCCAUCACAAUAGCGCAGGGAACAUUUAUUCCUCCUGACCUUAGCUAGUCUGGCCCAGUAUAUUAGAUCUGCUGGGAAAUGAGGUGUUCCAGCACUGAGUGGAAGUGGUAGUAAGCUUUUUCUUCUAAAUGAGCAAAACCAUUAGAGUCAAGAAAUAUCUAUCUCCAAGUACAAGUUCAUUCUGACUAAAAGCUACAAAAAUAUCAGACGUGAGUCAGAUCACUUCUUCUUUAGCCUGUUUUUUAAAAUAAACACACAGACUGAUUUAAUAAAAAAAAAAAAUCAUUUACUGUCGUCUCAUUUAGCUGCAAACUAACAUGCAGUGUGUUUGAGUGAAGCUUGGCAAGAUCGGAUGAACUCGGAUGAUGUGUUUUGGGGAUUUUAUUGCACCAGUGUGUAAAUUCUAGUAUUAUUAAGAGUAUUUUUAGUAAAUGAUAAUACUCAAUAUAGAGUGAUAAAAGAGAUUAGAAGGUAGAUCAUCAUCAUUAUAUCAGUUACCCUGGAUGGGGUGCCAACACAUUGCAGGGCACACACACAAUUUAGAGAAGCCAGUCAGGCUUCAGCACGUCUUUGGAUUGUUAUAGGAAACUGGGGAACUUGGAAGCAUGGUCUCUCUCUCUCUCUCUUUCUCUCUUUCUCUCUCUCUCUCUCUCUCUCUCUCUCUCUCUCUCUCUCUCUUUCUCGCUUUCUCUCUCUCUCUCUCUCUCUCUCUCUGUGCAACUCCACACACAGAGAAGGCAGGAAUGGAACCCCCAACCCCAGAGGUGCAAGGCAAACAUGUCCCCAAAUUUCUUACCAUUACCACCUAGAUACUAAAAUACUACACUUCACUCACUAGUUUUGCUCAGCAUCAGACACAAAUACACAGAAAGAGCAGGAAAGACGUCACUUUAGUUCCUGGGAUUGGAUUAAAAAGGGUGCUGAUGUCAGCAGAUGGACCAUUCUGACAUCACUGGUACCAAAUACAGUUCCUCUGAAUCAGCCAGACAAAAAUAGAAGAGGAAAAAAAAUCCGAAAUUUACUUGAAACCUUUUUUUCCCCACUUCAGUCGUUGAUAAAUUCAGCAAAUUAUUACUCUGUGUAAACCAAUCCAUUUAACGACGUAUUGUCAAUAUGGUCUUUAAGAUGGUUACUGCAAAUCCAAUCAGCUCAAUAUCUCUCUCUCUCUCUCUCUCUCUCUCUCUCUCUUCCUCCCCAUCAUCCUGCUCUCAAAUCAUCUUUACCAUCAUAUUUCAACCUUGCUGUAGAUGUUAUUAAGCCUUUGUCCAAGGCGACCGACUGCUUCGUUGUUCCUGCUGGUCAAUAAAAAGCAAUUUCUUGCUCCUUUUGCUUUUCUGUGUCUGUGCCAGCAUCGGGUUGACUGAGGCUGGCGCUACGCUGCUCCCCUGUAGCUCCUGUCAUCCUGGGUUAGUCUCGCUCUCUUCUGGCAGGGCUGCUUUGUGCCAGCAGUCUGGAGAGGUUUAGCCUGUAAACACAUACACACACACACACACAUUUUAGUCAGCAUACAGACCAACUCGGUCACUUACCCCAAAACAAUUACUGUAAUGUGCCCUAAAUCAGAGCAGCCAAGCAAUUUGGCUAUGUAGCAUACGAGCCAAAAAUAUGCUUUGUAUGCAUUUUUUUUUUCUUUAUGUAUUCUAGAAAAAAUAGAAUACUGAACAAAACUACAGCAGAAAUGUUCAACUGUAGCUAAUCCGCUCAUAAUGAACAUCCUUUUGUUUCUUGCAUGUAGCCUCUGACUGCUUAUCGAGGCUCAAAAUCUGGAUUUCUCUAUAGAGCAAGUGAGAAUAGAGUAAAAAGUGUGAUAUAAAUGAAAUCUAAUUGAACUAAUCGCUUAUUAUCCGGGUCACUUGUCCUCUCAUUAAUUAGAUCCAACAGACUAACAACCAGAACAACUAUGCUAUGUUCAAUAGUUUACCACAGCAACUGAAAAUGACUACUAGAAGUUAGCUGUUAGCUAGUGAAUACUGGCGAUUACACAGUACACACUUUUGCAAGUGAUCUUUUGUUGUUUGCAGGUUUACACAACACAGUGGUUUUUGUAAUGUUUUCUAGAACCUUGUCCUGCAAAGCCAGAGCUUCAGAACAACAGCAGCAGGUCUGGACUCCAUAGUAGCUUUCAUUAGCCAAGACCCACCCAAGAGGGCGUGAUUGACAUGUAAAACAACCAAUCACAGUUCGUUUUGUUCGUUUGUAGAUCGUUCAUUUAAGAGUUAUUGUGAACUACCGUGAAAACCCAGCAUUUAGCUGAUCCUCAUACGUGCUCAUUGUCACACUUGUAAACAUGACGGCUUCCAUCUUCCAUGAGGGAAGUAGUGUCAUGACAGCUUUGUUUCCAACACUUCUGCCAGAAAUCUUGUAGAAUAUGAUCAGAUGACGACGUCCAAACGUCUGAAGCGUUUCCAAAUAGAACCUGAACAAGUGCAGAAUUCAGUACAAGUUGCAUUCAUGUUCAUGGGAGUCGCUACACAUUUCCAGUGUACAGGUAGUCUGUGGGUUUGGUACUGAGUUAUGAUUCCUGACAUGAUGAGCUCUAAAGAUUACUCUUAUCACUAAUGUUUGCUGAUCAAUGUUUUAUAAAAAGCAUCCAUGUUUUUCCCAUGUUCUAUCCGUAACACAGUAGGUUAACCCAACUAAACGGAGGCAAAAUCCAGGAAAAGACAUGAGCAGUGGUAUACUGGUAUCCGUUCAAAUCACAAUCUUUUGAUCUCUGUUUGUUUUUUUCCCCUACACCAUAUUUCUGGCUCCUGUCUCGUCCUUUCUGCUCCAAACUGAUUUUUUUCCGCUCAUUUUCCUGUACAUUAGUGUACCGCUAUAUCCUGUAGAUCCUGUGCUCAGGCCAUAGACCACUUAAAUACAGUGUGUUUGGCACCCGGACCUCAACCGCUGAGCUCGGAUUCCUCGCCUCCGCCGGGUUCAAACUCUGGACCGUAGGAGCCAGCGGUUGUUCUGUGGUGUUGUGGGUGGCUUUAUCCUCUUCCAGUUCCCAUCACACUCCACCGAAUAAGCUGGCGCGUUUGGCAAGAGGAGCUUUAAACCCCCUCGGUACGAGAGAAGGGCAAAAGCAGAGCACGGAGUCGGAUCAGAAAAACAGGUCUUAAUUUUAUCGAGGUUAUCGAGACUGGAGUUCAAGCUGUGAUCCCUUUACAACUGUAAUGCUCUGAGUUCUACAUAUUCGUCUAUUCUAGAUAGUCCAGAUCCAGUACAGGAAGCGUUGUUGGUGCUGCUUUUCUUCUUCUUCUUCGUCUUCCGUUCUUUUUCUUCAUCUUGUUGUUGUUGGUGUUAUCAUAUUCUUCUUAGUCUUGUUCUCCAUCUUCAUCUUGUUGUUGUUGCUGCUGCUGCUUUUCCUCUUCUUCUUCUUCUUCUACUUCUACUUCUUUCUCCUUCCUUCAUCUUGAUGUUCAUAUUCUUCAUCUUGUUGCUGUUCUUUUUCUUCUUCUUCUUAUAAUCAUCACCACCAC